AUGAGCUUAUUUCCUUUCUCAGCGUUGCGGUGUGGCAGAGGAGGAGUUCUGGCUGUAGCAUCCAACAAUCAAAUAGCUGUAAUUGAUGGCAUCAAAGUCCUCAAGAGCACAGAAGGACACACGAUGCCUAUCAGAGUGCUCCUAUUCAGCAGCGACGAUAAGCAGCUGAUAAGUACUGGCGACGAUAAGCAGCUUAACGUUUGGAAUAUCGAGAAAGAUGCACUCGUUCUCAAAGACACAGUCCUCAUCAGCAAGCGUGCAAACUCACUCAAUCUCCUCAACGAAGACACUGUCCUCGUUGGAGACAAAUUCGGCGAUAUUUUCACCUACAAGCUCAAUAGAACGGACCAAGACAAGGAGAAUGACGCAAAAACUAAAAACAAGGACAAGGAACCACUGCUUGGACAUGUCUCAAUGGUUAAUGAUGUCGCCGUCACUCCCUCACACAUCAUUUCUGCAGACAGAGAUGCUCACAUACGCAUAUCAAGGAACCCACUGGGAUAUGUCAUUGAUAUGUUCUGUCUCGGCCACGAAAAGUUUAUCACUGCAGUCGGUGUACUCGAUGAAAAUCUUCUUUUGUCUGGUGGUGGUGACGAUUAUAUUAUUCUGUGGAAUUACAAAGAGGGCAAGGAAAUGAGGCGAUUUGACGUGAGAGAUGCUGUUCUUGCUCAUGCUUCAGUGAGAGCAAUCAAAAUUCAAGAUAAGAUGCUGAAGAGCGAUGAUAUUCCGGCUGAUUACGGUGAGCAUAUUCUGUGCAUUGAUCGCAUAUUGGUUAGUGGAAUUGGAAAGGAUGCGGGUGGUGAUGCUGUUGACCCACUCGUGCUCUUCACUUCAUGCGGUGCGACAGGUGUUUUCUACGCGAGAAAAUCAGCAUUUGUAGAGGCCAACGAGUUCAAUAUCCAGGCUGUUGAUUUGCAGCAUCCUAUCAUCGAAAUGGCAGACAUGGGCGGAGGCAAGUUUGUUGUGACGCUCGAUACAUCCAGAGGAGCGCCAGAUGCAGCUGCUGUACUCAUGCUGAAUUCUGAAGGAGAGCUACAAAUAAGUGAACAAAAUUCGCUUGUGAGUACGUUGAAUGGAUUGACUGUGCAAGGCGCAGAAAAGGAUGUCAAGCACCUCGACCUCUACUCUCAACUAGCCCUGCAGCCCAAAGUCGAAGGCGAAGACAAUUUAGACGAGGAGAAAGAACAUCCAGAGAAGAGUGGAAGGACUGGUGAAAAGCGCAGGGCGAGGGAGGCAGCCAAGAUGUCAAAUCAAGCUAAAAAAAGCAAGACAGAUGAGUCGACGUAA